AUGACUACUAUAACACAAUCCACAAUCCAUCAAAAGCGAAAUACUUACAAGAAUUUAUUAAAGUUAUUUAAGGAAGGUUUUUGUGAAACAAAUAUGUCAUUCCCAGAUCGAGCUCAACGAAAAACAUGUUGGGAUUCUAGAGACCGUUACUGGGAGUGUUUAGAUAGUCACAACAUCAAAGACAGUUCUAGAAUACCAAAAGAGUGUACUGAAAUUAGAAAAAUUUUUGAAAAGUCAUGUCCUCCUAAGUGGGUGACUCAUUUUGAUAGAAAAAGGGACUAUGAUUUAUUUAAAGAGAAAAUGCAGAAGGAGGGAUUUGAGCCUAUCAAAGAAACACAAUGA